AUGAGAAAGACAACGGCGGGAGCGGAGGCCCCAGCAACGGCCACCGGGUUCAAGGAAAACGCCUCCCGACCCGGAACCCACGCCGUCCCCGUGGCCGACUCCUCCGGGCCCACGCGGGGAAUGUCCUCCCCACAGGCCCCCGCCCCCGGGGCUGGUGCGGACAGCUGCGUGGUGGUACACGUGGUGAGCCCCGAGGAGGAGUCCCAGCAACAAAAGCUGGACCUGCUUUGGUGGAAGCUGGAUGAGCAGGCUCCUCUCACACAGAAGCACCUGGUGUGUGGCCCAGUGAGAGCAGCCGGUGCGCCCAGCACCCUGACGGCACCCGAGUACUACGAGCUCCGGCUCGCACAGGUGCGCUCGGCCUCAGCUCUGAAGCACAGCAGGGACCUGGCACAAGACCCGGCCUGGACAGAAACCCUCAGGGUUCUCUCCGCGGCAACUGUCAAGUUUGAGAUGCUCAGCAAGGCCCCGCAGAGCCAGCUCCUCCUCGACCUGGCCGACAGCAUUUCCACCAAGGGCACCAAGAGUGGCACCUUUGUCAUGUACAACUGUGCCCGCCUCGCCACACUCUUUGAGGGUUACCAGCGCGGCGUGCAACAAGGUCUGUACCCCACUUUCCCACCUGUGAGCAGCCUGGAUUUCUCUCUGCUCCGUGAAGAGGGUGAGUGGCUGCUGCUCUUCAACAGCGUCCUCCCCUUCCCAGACCUCCUGAGCCAGACCACAGCCCUGGACGGGGCCCACCAAGCCCCGGGGCUCCACGUCAGUGCUCGCACGGAGAUGGUGUGCAAGUUCCUGGUGCAGCUCAGCAUGGACUUCAGCUCUUACUACAACCGGGUACACAUCCUGGGGGAGCCUCGGCCACACCUGUUUGCUCAGAUGUUUGCCCGGCUGCAGCUCCUGCGGGCUGUGCAGGAAGUGCUCCACAUGGGCCUGGCCACGCUGGGUCUCCCUCCACUGAGCUACAUCUAAGGCCAGAGUGCCAGUGUCUGGGAAUGUUCACAAGGCCGUCACCUGAAAAACCCUGUUGCUUAGACGUGGAGACUAAUAAAUCGCUACAAAGCUUU